AUGCAGGAGCAUAUCCGCCGUGCACAUCCCGAGCACUACAUAUCGAAGCUCCCAGCGACCGAGGAGAGCUUCACGCUGAUGGUCAACACUCCGCCUCAGGAACGACCACCACCACCACCCAUCCCAAGCAGCUCAGCAGGACCACAAGUGUACGCGCCCAACGACUUCAGCGCCUUUGUCGAGGCAGACUACGGCUCGAGUGCGCCUGCCGCAACUGCUGCAGCUGCCCUGGCCUCGUUACACAAUUACCGCGCCGAGCUGGACUGGGAAUCAGAGCCGGAUGCGCCCUCUGACCACGAUUCGAAGAGCUACAGGCCCCGCGCCCGAUUUGCACCCACGACACACGAGCAGCAGUUUGCCCCCGAGGAGCCCUACUACACCGCCACGUCGAUCCAGCGCGAACUACUGCCCUCCUCACUGGCCCACUCACCGCCCGGCCGCUCGUCCACGCUGCCACCCGCUCCCCGCUCAAUCCGACCAAACCGACCCCGCAAGUCGUCAGUGGGGCAGAGUGCACGAAGGGGAAAGCAUGAGCGCCAAAAGUCCAAGGACCACAGCCGGAGGUUAAGCUACGACAGAAAAGCAUUCUCGGCCGAACCCCAGACUGCUGCUGCCAUCAUGGGCAAACGCUGGGAAGACCUGAUUGACGCCGCAGCUUCAGCGACCGAAGAGGAUAGUCGAGACCUCACUCCGGUAAGUGUCGUCACCCUUCCCUUCAUCCACUUUCUAACAUACCCAGGUGCCGCAGUCGCCAUAUCACUCGCCGCACACCAGCAAUCGGAGGUCCCUGCCACCGUUUGCUGCUCCACAUUUCCAGUCCUACACAGCUUCACCAUUGCAGCGCAAUCUGACCCCACCACCGCCCGACAUGUCAGAUCUACAGCCAUUUCCUUCCGUCGAGUCCUCUAUUGAGUCGGCAGUUUCUGGUCAUGGAUUUCACAUGCCUUCUCAAGGGCUCUCUGAUUCAUCUCCUACUUACCCAUAUCCCGUCCAGAUCUACUGUGCGGCCUGCCGCAAACUCUCUGUGCUGCGGGACAGCUACGCAUGUUCAGAGUGUAUCUGCGGUCUGUGCCAAGAAUGCGUCGACGUUCUUGUCAGCGAGCAUACACGAGGUAGGGCUACACGAUGUCCACGGUGCAACGCGGUUGGCGGCAAGUUUAAGCCUUUCCAGCUAGACAUUCGAUGAGCUAGCCAUCUCCACUUUCCUUUCAUUCAAUACCCCACAUUCUUUCCAUGAUGUUAUCAUUUAUUGGCGUUGGAGGACUGAUCUAUUGUCGUUCGGAGCCUCCUUUACCUGUUGCUCAUAGACAGAGCUAGCCCUACAGGGCAGAUGACGUUGGCAUUGGCUUAGAUGGGCGCUGCGUAGACCACGCUGAUGCAUGGCGUUACUUGAUUUUCAAAAGGGACCACAUAGUGGCAUGCCCGACACAGCGAAGACUUCGCACUCUGGUACCGCGUUAUUCGUUGAAUGAAUGACUUUCAGUGGCGCUAUCUUGCGACCACAUCGCUC